AUGAGUUCCUUGAAUUCAACACUUCCUCCAAAUGUUUCAUUAGUUCGACCUCAGUUCUUUUAUAUCAAUGGACUUUCUAAUAUUCCUUAUGUGAAAUACUAUUACAUUUUCUUGUGUUUUGUUUUCACUGUAACACUAUUAGGAAACUCUUUCAUUAUGUUUAUUAUUUACAUAGAACAAAGUCUUCACACCCCAAAGUAUAUGGCUGUUUUUCAUUUAGCUGCAGUUGACACGUGUGGCAGCACAGCUCUUAUUCCUAAAAUGAUCGAGGCUUUUUUGUUUGAUUUUCCUUUAAUCACAUAUGAAGCCUGCUUAGCCAAUAUGUUUUUUGUACAUUUAUUUCAAUUUCUGCAGUCAUUUACCGUUGUAUUAUUGGCAUAUGAUAGAUUUGUUGCUAUUUGCUUUCCUCUGAAAUAUCAUUUAAUCCUUACUACUGCUGGAAUGGGUAAAAUGUUAGGUGGAAUAUGGAUUCUAGCAGCUGGGGUAUUAAUUGUAGGUGUAGGUUUCAUUACCAGAUUAUCAUUCUGCAAAUCUAUUGUGAUAAACAGUUAUUUCUGUGAUCAUGGACCUGUGUAUCGUAUGUCCUGCAAUGACAAUUUCCCCAAUUAUGUAAUUACCCAGAUCAGUAUUAUAGUAUUGCUCACUGCACCUUUGACUCUUAUUCUCUCUACCUAUGCGUGUAUAAUUUUGGCUGUGCUAAAAAUCGCUUCAUUGGAGGAACGCAUAAAAGCAAUGAAAACCUGCACCUCCCAUUUAAUCUUGGUGGCAAUGUUUUACCUUCCGAUAUCUGCCAUCUACAUUGCAGCAAACAUUACCACUGUUGACCCAAAUAUCAGGAUAAUAAGUACAUCCUUAUCUUCCACCAUUCCACCAAUGAUGAACCCCAUCAUCUACACAAUCAAGACAGAGGAGGUAAUGAAAGUAGUGAAAAGGCUUCACAAAAGAAACAAGACAAUUAAACCUAAACCACUUCAUGUAACGCAGCUCUACUUCUCAAAAAGAUCUCCCACGGACACAAAGGAACAGCAACCGGCUGUUGUUGCGUCCAAUCGACGUCCUCUGGCCCGGUCUGGAGGUGUGGGAGAAGGAGUUAGAGAUUCCUACUGCAACGCGCUGGCGGUGCCUCUCUGUGGACCUGGCUAUGUCUGGCAUAAACUGCAGUGUGUACCUGAGCUCAUCGAUGUAACUCCCGACAUUGGCGAUGUAUUCUCUGACACGGUGGGCUCGAAUCUCUCUAUUUCCUUCGCUAGCGGUCUCAGCGAGUGGAGGUUUAUUUUCUUAGCUCCUCCACUGAUGGAGAGAUGGCAGAGAUCAUGGUUGGGGGGCCUACGCAUUAAUUGA